AUGUCAGGAUUACUAAUCUCGGCUGUCCAAGUCCUGACCUUCUCUUAUUGUGGAUCUGAGUAUGUUGAAAACAAGAAUGUCCUACAAAUAUGCAACUGGAUUUACUGUUGGAGUUUCUACUUCUUCACAGUAGUGAUGAGUAUACCCAAUAUCCCAGGGACUGCCAAUCAGUAUUUAAUCAUUAGUGUAAAUGUGUUUGGAUCCUUCAUACUUGCUUAUUGUGUGUUGAAUUUCAUAUGCUUAUGGAUUCACAAAAGGAAGUACUUAUAAUUGCGAGAAAAUGAGUGA